GAAAAAAAUAGUCCAGCGGAUUAAGUACGAUAACCUCAGUGCGGAAGAAUUUUAUAGCACAUGGCAAGCCUGUGCCAAUUAUAGAAUCAAUGUACAAAAAUGUGCAAAAACUUCAAAACAUCCACCAAAUAUUUCGGGAAUGGCCCGAAUAUAAAAAAGCUGAUGGAUAUCGUCUGAUUGACCUUGAUUUUGGAAAAAUGUUCCCAAAUACCCACAAUUUUCUUAGCUGCAAACAAGAAAUUUUUCGGUUGUUCCUUCAUCUUAAGAAGCCUGGUAUUUUAAAGGACAGCUCAACAAAAUUUGUAAUAAAUUCAAUUUCGGAGGAAGAUUUGGAAAAAGAUGAAACUCAAUUAAUUUUAAAACUUUGGGGUGCCUUCACGGAUAUCUCUAUCUUACGAACAAGUUUUUAGAAAAACCAACGCUGGCAAGAAAGAUACCUGCAGGUUUACGAUCAAAGAUUCUCAAGAAUUAUUUACGUUUGUGGGACAAACUCUACAAGAACUCGACAAUUAUAUUGAAUUUUUGAAGCAACGCGGUGAGAGCAUUCAGCCUCUAAUUUUAGUGUUAGGCGAAAAAAAAUUUUCAAAAUUCGACGAAUUUUUUUAUAUUUGGAUGAUACCAAGUCGCGAUUUACAAACUUUUAUCGAUGCCUUGAUGUAUGCUUUAAAUCGUUUCACUUAUUUAAUGUUGAAUACCCUACAGCAAGUUCCAAUUUUUGGACAUUCAUUGAAGCAUAUUUUUAUAAAUUUUCUAAGUCGCGCGGGAAAACAACACCCAAAAUUAAUAUCUUGAUACAAGAGCUGGAAGAGGGAAGUGGUUACUUAAUUUAUUUUACUGAUUUUUUUAAUCUAAUUUGAAUUUGAAUUUGAAAAUGUUAAGACAAGUCUCAGCUAAUUCUCUUAAUUUUGCCUAUUUUCGUUAUUUAAAAAAGACUUUAUACAAUUCCACAAU